ACGUAAAGACAAUAUAUUGAUUGGCUCAAAAUAACCAAACUAGAUUAAGUAGACUAUUAUAUGUUGCGACGGGCUGUCAUUUAUCUUGUUACUCAAAAUGUUUUAAAUAUUGUACUCUACUUACAUUUUUGGGUUACCGUCCAUGAGUGUUACUUCUAGGGUUGACUGUUCUAUUACAGAUUAUUGAACCACCACAUGAUGAAGAAAUUACUCUACUCCUGGAGAUGUUUGGGCUUUGUCUGAAUGGAGGAAAGGAAGUUCAUGAUGCCAUAGUCAGCAAUAUGAAGGAUCUUGCUACAGUCUUUUCAAGUUACAGGGAUGAAGUUUUGGUCAAGCAGGACGAAUUGCUUCAGUUUGCCCAAAAUGCUAUCACAGGGUUGAAGAUUAAUGCUGAAAUGCUGAGGAUUGAUUCUGAAGCUUCUGAUCUUAGAGAAAAACUCGAAAAGAUGAACGUCUCUGAGUCUCCACAGGAGAGUGAAGACAAGGAAGUCAAAGAGGCUCCUUUAACAAUAGAGGCUCUUAAACAAACACUUGCAAAGAUUCGUCUUUGCUCCAGACUAGAAGGGCUUCUAAUUAGAAAGAGACAACUAAGCAACGGUGAUUCACCAGAUAUACAUGCUCAGAAAGUUGACAAGCUGAAGGUGUUAUUGGAAUCUUUAGCAAAUUCAACUACCAAAGCCGAGAAACGAAUAUCAGAGAACAGGCUGCAAAAAGAAGAGGCGCUUAAAGCUCGUGUGGUGAAAGCAAAUGAAACCGGUGAAAAGGAAAAGGAAUUGGCUGCGGAAAUUGCACAGCUUGUUAAACAAAGAGAUGAGUUGGAAGCUGAACUUAAGAGGGUUAACAUAUCAUUAGCUGCUGCUCAAGCUCGGUUCCGUGAUGCGACAGAAGAGAGGGAUCAAUUUAGUGAAGCCAACGAUCAGAUAAUCGCUCACCUGAAAACAAAGGAGGAUGACCUGUCUAAAUCAGUUGUAGCUUGUAAGAAAGAGUCAGAAGUCAUCAAGACUUGGAUAAGUUUCCUCGAGGAUACAUGGCUUCUUCAGUGCUCAUAUACCGAAAAUAAGGAUAAGCAGACUUUGGACGAAUUGGAGAAGCAUGAGGAUUACUUCACGGAUGUGGCUUUUAAUAUACUCUUUACGUACAAGAAGGAGGUGGCACCUUUAAUAAGCCGUAUAGAGAAUUAUGUGGAAAAUCUGAAGAACCUUGGUCCUGGGUCGGAGAAGGCACCAAAUGCAGAUGAGGGGGAGAGUCAGGUUUCAAGCCCAAGGAAGAGCCUUGAGCAGGAGUAUCUAGACUAUGAGACCAAGAUCAUUACCACCUUCAGCAUUGUGGAUAACAUGAAAGAGCAUUUCCAAGUCCUCCAAAGCAAACUGGAAAAGAAGGAAGACUUGCGAGUGAAAGAGCUAUUUGAUGACAUGGAGAAAAUGAGGCAGGAGUUUGAAUCCAUAGCUAGGCCAACGUUAGAGAUAGAGACUCCAUCACCUAAAAGCAGUGCUAGUGCUGCUGCAUCACCCAAAUCCCCUAAUCCAAUUAAAUCUGUUACCCAAAAUCCAGAGUUGAGCAAUCCUACGGCUGGUUCCAGUCAGGAAUCUAACCCUGAAUCUGAACUAGCCGAGCUUGAACCUGAAAUUGGUAAGGUGGCUCGUGAUUACUCUGCAGAUGAGGUUGAUGGAUGGGAGUUCGAUGAACUUGAGAAAGAACUGCAGUAGUAAUAGUAAUAAUAAUAGUCUAGCAACUCAGAAUAAUAAGACCAUCACACGCAUGCUCAUGUACACGCUUUUUUUCUCUUUACCUUCUUGUUGGGUCGUAACUCCUUUGUUUGCUAAUCUGUAUGGUAACUGCUUGUUGGUAUGCCUCUACUUGGAACAAACCAAAGAACAAGCACUUGGAACAAAACCUUCACGUUUGGUCUUUUUAACUUUUUAAUGGAAUAGAAAGCUACCA